CCUGAGAUCUAUUCACGCUAGUUAUGUCAAUAACUAAAAGUAACCGUCAACGUCGACAACUGAACUAUACUUUGGGCUUAUGUUUUAUCUGUAACGGUUACCAAGACUUUGACCAUGAAGGACAAUCCGAAGACCUUUUAAAAUGUGUCGAUUGCCAUCGUAACGUUCAUGCUAUUUGUUACCAAUUAGACAGAGCUUCAGCUAAAAUUAUACAAACAUAUGAUUGGCAAUGUAAUGACUGCAAAAGUUGCCUAGUUUGUCAUUCAAAAAAAGAUGAGAGUAAAAUAGUCAUUUGUAGUCAGUGUGAUCGAGGCUGUCAUACAUUUUGCUGUGAUCCGUCCCUAAAAGCUGUACCCGCAGACGACUGGUAUUGUAAAGAGUGCUCAAGCAUGCCUUCGCCUCCCACUUCUUUACCUUCUUCACCUAUACAGCCAUUGACACCUUUAUCUGAUAAUCAACCACAAAAAGCAGCUAUCUAUCAACUCAGAAGGUCUCCUGCGCACUCAGCCAAAUUUAUUGAAAGUACUAUUAUGGCUAGAGAAAAAAGAGCUCCACAAAAAAAGAAACAAGCCCUUAGUGCUGAUGAGAACAAGACAACAAAACCAACACGUAUAGAACCUCUGAAACUCAAGUUAACCGUAGCGCCACCAACUAUUCCAACUACUCCAAGUCGCAAACGAGGCAGGCCCAAGUAUGCAGAACAAAAAGAAGAGGAAGAAAAGUUUUUUAAAACGUUUGGCCAUAAGCUUACAAAGACAGAGGCUAAUAUAAAACGUGGUACACCAGCAGAAGCAGACUUUGACAAAUUCGAAAAGGCAAAAUCUAAAACAGAGAGCCUGUUGAAUAAACAACUGAAAGCAAUAAAUGACAACAAUAGUGAUAGUGGAGAUAGUAAUGAUAGUAAUCCAGAGCAACAAAGCAACAGUGAAGAUAGCAUGAUAGAUGUGCCUAAAAUCAAACAAAUUUCAUUCAACAAUUAUCUAAUUGAUACAUGGUAUGUGGCACCAUACCCGGAAGAAUACAGCCAGAGUUCUACAUUGUAUAUUUGCGAAUUCUGUAUGAAGUAUAUGAAAAGCAGCUUUAUUGCUGAUCGACACAAAGCCAAAUGUAAAGUCAAAUAUCCGCCUGGUGAUGAAAUCUAUAGAGAUGGUAAAGUGUCAGUAUUUGAAGUAGACGGGAGAAAGAACAAGAUAUACUGUCAAAACCUUUGUCUGAUGGCAAAGAUGUUUUUGGAUCACAAAACACUUUAUUAUGAUGUGGAGCCCUUCUUGUUCUAUAUCAUGACAGAAUCAGACGAACUUGGGUGUCAUUUUGUAGGCUAUUUCUCUAAAGAAAAACGAUCUGCUAUGAACUACAAUGUUUCUUGUAUCUUGACUAUGCCGAUUUUUCAACGUAAAGGCUAUGGACAAUUCUUGAUUGACUUUAGCUAUCUACUCUCGAAAAAGGAAAGCAAGACUGGCUCGCCUGAAAGACCAUUAUCAGAUUUGGGCUUGAUUAGCUAUCGUAGUUAUUGGAAGAAUGUCUUGUUUCGUGAGUUAGAAAAUCAAGAUGGAUCUAUUAGUAUUGACGAAUUAAGCAAUAUUACAAGCCUGACACCAGACGACAUUAUCUCAACACUACAGAACAACAACAUGAUACACUAUGACAAAAUUACAAAGCAUUAUUCAUUGGUUAUUAACCCUCAAGUCAUCCGAAACCAUCUGCAAAACCUGAAAAAUAAGAAUCAUCUUCAACUUCACCCUAACAAACUCAAAUGGACACCAUUCGUACUCUCAAGAGAUCGUUUAGCAGCUCUACUAGGACAAGCAAAGAUGACCAUCAAAGACGUAGAUGAAUCAAAUGAUGUUGAUAUUGACUAAGACAUUGUAUAUCAUAUACUAGCAUUUCAAAGUAAUAAUUAAUUUAUUUAAAGAAAAAAAACUCUCCUCUCACACCCCUGCAAUAAUACGCACACACAUUUUCAUUUUCAUUUCUUAAUAAUAAUAAAAAAAAAAGGCAUACAAUAACUUGAGAGAGUAAGCUCCAUUCUGUUAACUAUUUUCUAAAGAAAAUAGUAUCCGCAAUAACUAUAACUAUGACCAGAAAAAGGCAUACCUUCAUAGCUUCUGAAACUCAAACUUUGUUCGACCAGAAGAUAAGGGUAGCACGUUACCAAAGGCAACGCAUCUUUUGUACCCAUUACAGGUACAGCACUUUCACAAAGAAAAAUGCCGCUAUAGUCUGGAGACCUUCCCUAACGUAUACAAAUGUAUAAUGGUAUUGAAUGAUAAACAUUCUCGUAUGUGGAACUAAUAGACGUCAAGUGCGGAUCUUCUCUGUUA